AUGCGCCCUGUGGCACCGCCGCUGCUGCUGCUGCUGCGUCUUCUUCUUCCUGUGGCGUCUCUGCUGUGCGCGCACGCCCGCGCCGCGGACUCUGCGCCCUUACCGGGGAAUCGAACCCGGCUACCCGCAGCGACGGGGAGACCGCCCCCAGCGUCUGGGUGCGCGGACGACCUCGCAGGCUCUUCGCCGCGUCUCCACGGCCUCCUCCGACUCGCGUGCGACCCCGACUCGGCGUGGAAAUCCGCGAUCGCCGUGUCCUCCGGCGUCGGAGUUGUCUUCUCGGCCGCGCUGCUCUGCGUGCAAACCAGCGCCGCUCUGUGCGGCUCCGAAGCCGCUCGGAGCUGCAGCCGGAGCCGUCGUCCCUUGCUCGCGCUCCAAGCGCUGUGCGCUCUCGCCACCGUGGCUCUCUUCUCGCUCAGCAUCGCCUCUUUGGCUCCCGCCGCGCGGCCGCUCUGCAUCGCGAGGCGCUUCUUGCUCGGCUUGCUGUGCGCCCUGAGCGUCGGCUGCCUGCUCGCGCACGCGUGCGCUCUGCUGAGGCUGGCCGCGUCGCGUGGAACGCCGUCGCUCGACGCCGGAGGCCAACACCGCAGCAAUCGCCGCAAUGACAUUCUUCACCACCACCACCACCACCCCAGUCGUCGUCGUCCAUGCGGGACCGCGCGUCUCUGCGGAAUAGCUUUGGCAUUGGCCGCCGUGCAAGCUGCGCUGGGUACGCAGUGGGUGGUGUUGAUGACCACGCCGACGACGCCGACGAUGACGGGCGACCCCUGCGUGCACACGAAUCGCUGGGACGUCGCCCUUCCUCUCUUCUACCCGCUCGCCCUCCUGAUGGCCGCAGACGUCGCCUCUCUGUUGGCGCUGUGGCGCGUGGCGCGCGCCGCUCCUCGCCUGCCGCGCUGGUGCUUCACGCACGCGCGCCUCCUGUUCGCCACGGCGGCGCUGUCCAGCGGCAUGUGGCUCGCGUGGAUCGCGCUCUACGAGAGGAGGGGAGCCACCGUGGGAGCCACCGGGGGAGCCGGGGCCACAGGGGCCGCCGGGGUCGCGACGCGCCGCGCAGAGCGAUGGGGCCGCGCCGCCACCGCCGCAGCGCCCGCGUGCCAGGCGGCGGCUCUGCUCGUGCUCUACCUGUGGCCAAGCCUCGUUCCCAGCACCGCGGCAGGUGUUGGCGGUCAGCUGCAGCAGACCUUCGCCCGGGGGCGAACCCACGUGUGUGGAGUCGAGGUCCGGACCAGGGACAAUGCUGUGAACAGCUUCAUCCCGACACCAUCUGCCCAUCUUCCCAGCCCAGGCGACCUGACCUCGGUUUGGCUGGAGGCUCCGGGCGUCGCCAGAAUUUGA